CACACACACACACACACACACACACACACACAGUGUCUCUCGUCUCCAGGGUGAACCACAGUUCUCCAGGCUGUACAACAGCUUGGUUUGUCAGUAGCUGAUUGGGCCAUGUUGGGGUAUUUUGCAUUGCUUUGAAUCAGGGAUUCCGAGGCAAUGUUUGCAUUUUUUAUGCUUUGUGGUAAUUAGUCAUUAGGAAUUGUAUAGCUCAUCUCAUACUCCCAAGCUCUGUCAAUGUUUUACUGUAACUGGCAAACUGUAUUGGAUGGUGGACUGGUUUGUUAUAACCUACCUACCACCGUCCCAGUCUCCCUUCCUCCCAGUCAGCUAACCAAAUGAAACUGUAAACUCUCUCUCCCUCAGACCGUAUCCAGGAGAGGCUAACAGGUCAGCUAACCCAAUGAACAGCAACAGGAAGGAGGACAUGGAGAUCUCGUCCCACUACCGGCAGCUCCUGCGGGAGCUCAGCGAGCAGCGGCAGCAUGGCAUCCUGUGUGACGCCUGUGUCAUCGUGGAGGGGAAGAUCUUCAAGGCCCACAAGAACGUCCUCCUGGGCUCCUCGCGUUACUUCAAGACCCUCUACUGCCAGGUGAAGAAAGGGGCGGAGCCACAUCACCAGACGACUGUCACUCACCUGGACAUCGUCACGGCGACGGGCUUCAAGGCCAUCCUGGACUUCAUGUACUCGGCCCACCUGGCGCUGACCAGUAAAAACGUCAUUGAGGUGAUGUCAGCCGCCAGCUACCUGCAGAUGACCGACAUCGUCCAGGCCUGUCACGGCUUCAUCAGGGCCGCGCUGGACAUCAGUCUCCGCUCUGAACUGGCCGACGUCGAGAUGGGCGCUGCGGCGGGCGCUGGGAUAGGGGGAGGAGGGGUGGCGUCAGAAGCCUUGGUGUCUAUCAUAUCAGGACGAAGCUCCUCGCCCUGGCUGGGGAGGCAUACCAGCCCGGCCAACUCCUCUGGGGACUCUGCCAUUGCCAGCUGCCAUGAGGGUAGUGGCAGUACCUACGGGAAAGAGGACCAGGAACCACCCAAGAGCCACGAGAGCCAAGAGGACGGUGGUCACGACUCCCAGCCCGCCUGGCCACACAGCUACCGCCCCAUCACUGUCAAAGAGGAACAAGUCUCACCCUCCUCUGUUUCUCACCCCCGGGAUGGACCCAAUAUGGGCGCAGGGACACAGGGGGAUCAGGGGGGAGGAGGAGAAGGGCCGUGGCAGCCCUCUGGGUCUGGGCGGAGGAAGAACCGGAAGAACAAGGACACGGUCAGACACAUUACCCAGCAGGCCGAGGGGGACAGAGACAGCAGGGCGGGGUCGCCGCUGCCCUCCAUGAUGGGUGUGACGGGGUGGAGCUACAAUGGAAAAGACAUCCCAGGUGCAGAUGUGACGGAGCCCAACAGCUCAGACAGUCGCGGAGAACGUCUUGACUUUUUCCUCAAACAGGAAGAGUCUCUGGCAGCGAGCGAGGCCAACUUCCUGGGUGCCAGCGGCGAAUCAGAUGAGGCCGGAGGUGGGACCGGGGGCAGGACUACACCAUUGGUAGCCAAUCUGAGGGCAGCGUUGAUGAGCAAAAACAGCCUGCUGUCGCUACGGGCUGAGAUGCUGGGAGACGAUAACCCUCUCUUGUUUGAAUACCUGCCCAAAGGAGGGCACUCCCUCUCACGGCUCCACAACAACCACCAUAACCAGCAGCACCUCCACAGCCCAACACUCCAACCAGGGGCCACAGCAGGAGCCGCAGGGUCCACAUUUGAUAGCAAACAAGGGGCUGCUUCCUCCUCCUAUUCCGCCUCCUCUCCUCUUCUCCUCCCACCUCCCCUUCCACCACCCCAACCAUCCCCCCGCCGUCUACCCACUGCCCCCCCGCAGCCCUCAGAGGCCAGGCCUCUGAUGGCCCCUGGGUUGCGGCCUGGGGGACCCCGCUCAGCGCUCCACUCACACUCAGUGGAGCUGGCUAUGGAUGAAGAAGAGGCCCUGAAGGGCCCUGAGCCCUGCUCACCCCCACCAGAGGUGGAUACGCGGGAUGAAAAUGAUUCUAAUCAGGGAUACAACAAAGUUCUGGAGCAUGGCCCAUCUCCCAUGGAGGGGGAUCAGAUGGCCGAAGAGAGGCAUGGUGUGUCCAGGGUGGAGGUUUUGGAAGGUGGGGGGAGAGGGGCCCUGUUGGGUCCUGCUUGGCCCCAGGAGCUGGCCUGCUCCCUGUGCAAACGGCUGUUCAGCAGCCUGGAGCAGCUCAAGAAGCACGAGUACCGCCACACCCUGUCCCUCAUGGCCCUCUCCCUGGACUGGCCUGACCCACAAGGCCCCCAAGCCAACCACCACCACAACCAGACUCACGCAUUCUCUCAGGGCCCCAUUCCUUCCCAGUCUCUCUAUCGCCUCCCGGUGGGUGAGUCUUUCCCAGCACGGUACCUCUGCUCCCAGUGUCCAGCCACCUUCACGCUCAAGUCCAACGCAGACCGACAUGAGAAGACCAUCCACUUCAAGAGGAAGCUGAUGCAGUGCACCUACUGUCUGAAACACUUCAGAGACCGUACUGAUCUACACAGACACCUGUCUUCUGUACACUCCAGAGAAAGAGGGCACUCGUGCCCGGCCUGUGCCAAGGCGUUCAGCACUCAGAAGAACCUGGCCACACAUGUCAAGGUGUGCUGCCAGGUGGGGGUGGGGGUAGGGUCAUGGAGAAGGGUCGGUAUGGGGGUGGGGCAGGGAGGGGUUGCCGAGCAACUGUGGGGCUUGCAUCAUGAGAGGAAGGUAGACGCCCAUAGCAACCAUAAUAGUCAUCAUCACCAUGUGAAUGUGGUCGAUUGAGCUUGGAAGCAUACAAAGAUAAAGAGAGUAAACACACACCCACGUAUGCACACACACACACACACACACACACACACGCACACACGUAAACACACACACACACACCCACGUAAACACACACACACCCACGUACGCACACAAACACACCCACGUAUGCACACACACACACACGCAAACACACACACCCACGUAAACACACACACACACCCACGUACGCACACACACACGCGUAAACACACACACACACACCCACGUAUGCACACACACACACGCACACACACACCCACGUACGCAAACACACACACACGUAAGCACACACACACCCACGUACGCACGCACACACACACGUAAGCACACACACACACCCACGUACGCAUGCACACACACGUAAGCACACACACACCCACGUACGCACGCACACACACACACACACACAGGUAAACACACACACGUAAACAAACAAACACACACACGUAAACAAACACACACACACCCACGUAAACACACACACACCCACGUACGCACACACACACACACACACACACGUAUGCACACACACACACACACACACACGCACACGUAUGCACACACACACACACACACGCGCACGCACACACACACGUAAGCACGCACGCACACACACGUACGCACGCACACACACGCAAGCACACACACACACCCACGUACGCACGCACACCCACGUACGCACAAACACACACACUCACACACUAUACAUGCCAUUUUAUGACCUGUGGUUUCACUUACUCCAUAAACCCCUAUCUCCCUCCAUAAACCCCUAUCUCCCUCCAUAAACCCAUAUCUCCCUCCCUAAACCCAUAUCUCCCUCCAUAAACCCAUAUCUCCCUCCAUAAACCCAUAUCUCCCUCCCUAAACCCGUAUCUCCUUUCAUAAACCCAUAUCUCCCUCCCUAAACCCAUAUCUCCCUCCCUAAACCCAUAUCUCCCUCCAUAAACCCAUAUCUCCCUCCAUAAACCCAUAUCUCCCUCCCUAAACCCGUAUCUCCCUCCCUAAACCCAUAUCUCCCUCCCUAAACCCAUAUCUCCCUCCCUAAACCCAUAUCUCCCUCCCUAAACCCAUAUCUCCCUCCCUAAACCCAUAUCUCCCUUCACAUCAGUGUCGAUCUGGGCCCCAUAUGGCUUUUUUGUAAGAGCACUGGUAGAUUUUAUACAGCCUGUGCAAAAUGUGUAAGUAUUUGUACAUUUAUAAGAUUAAAGACCAAUAUUUUAUCAAAUGUUUGGUUUUUACAUAUGGGCCUAUAUUUUUGAGGAGGCUUGUGAAGUUAACAGUGAAAAUGUACUGUAACUGCUCAACUGAGAGCUUUAUUUAAAUAUAUAUAUAAAUAGGUGUCCGUGUUUGUCUGUCUGUUUGUCAUUCUGUCACUUGUUUAUGGAGUUGAAAUAGGGCUGCUCAUUUCAUUGAUGAUAUUGUGCUGCUGUUGGAAAUAGGAUCAGGUCUAGGAUCAGCUUCCAGUACCUUUUUAAAUCGUCACUAUUAGGGGGCGAAACACAAAACUGACUUUAGUGGGGAACUUUGUUCUUUCCCCCAGCCCCCUGUCUCCCUCUGUGUCAGGGCUCAACCUAUAGGCCGUCUUCUCCAUACAGGGAGAUCUGUAUCUCCAGUUCUUUACUUCUCACUACAACUGUUCAGAAACUGACUGCCGCCACAAGUCAGCACCACCUCCUGUUUACCUGACACAUUCACUGUCAGUGUUCAUGCUGCACACUCUGAUCUAGUCGGAAACAAUGCCACAAUCAUCUGUUUUAAUUAAAAUCAGGAAACUCACUGAAACAACUCAGGUGUAAAACCAUCUCACAUUCAGAGUCGACAACUGUGACAGAUACAACGGCCCUUAGGGGCUAAUGUUUACCCAAAUCGUCUUCCACCUAAAUGGAUUUCAGGACAGAGAUAUCACUAAAUGUUUUGGGACAAUGACUGGUUUCCCUUCCUUCAUCUGCUCUGGUGUGAACUAACUGGACUGGUGGAAGCAGGUUUCUGUGAAGGCAUUUUCAUUUUCCUACAUUUGGUCUGUGUUGGCCUGUGUUGUUUUCAGAUCCGUGCUGAUGCAACUUAAAACAAUAGAGACAUGCUGUUGGGAUGGGGUUAGGAUCGUUCCAAAUCCCCUUCCCAAUCCUCCUUACCCCCUCUAUAAGCCCAGCUGAAGGAGAAUAGUAAUUGGCUCUUCUCAGCUCCAGCCCUUAUUGAACUAAGACUCUUCAGCUAAAGAGGAAGUGGACGGAGGAGGGGCAUGACCUCUCCGACCUGAAAAGAAUAGAGAGGGAGAGUAUAUGGGAAAUGGAGUUGGAUGGUGUGGUUGGAUGGUGUGGUCAGAGAGGGGCAGACUGUUCAUUGUAACACAGUCUGUGGUUGAUGUACAGGGAGUAAUGUUUGUGAAUGACAGGGUGGGACUGAAAACUAGGCCAAACCUAUCACUUACUGUAUCUUAAAUGGAAUUCCUUACAGACGGUUUGUCUUCCUCCUGCUUCCUAUGAUUUGAAAACAAGGGCCAUGAGUUUUGAAUGUAUAAUUUGGUUGUUGGAUUGAUGCUAUUUGAGUAACUGAAUUGUAGAACCACAUAGCUCUCUCUCUCUCUCUCUCUCUCUCUCUCUCUCUCUCUCUCUCUCUCUCUCUCUCUCUCUCUCUCUCUCUCUCUCUCUCCCUGUCUCUCUCUGUCCCUUUCUCUCUGUCUCUCUGUCUCUCGCUCUUGCUCACUCUCUCUCUCUCUCUCUCUCUCGCUUUCUCUCUCUCUCUCUCUCUCUCUCUCUCUCUCUCUUUCUCUCUGUCUCUCGCUCUCUCUCUCUCUAUCUCUCUGUCUCUCACUCUCUCUCUCUUUCUCACUCUCUCUCUGUCUCUCUCUCUCUCUCUCUGUCUCUCUCUCUCUGUCUCUCUCUCUCUUUCUCUCUCUCUCUGUCUCUCUCUCUCACUCUCUCUCUGUCUCUCUCUCUUUCUCUCUUUCUCACUCUCUCUCUGUCUCUCUCUCUCUUUCACUCUCUCUCUGUCUCUCUCUGUCUCUCUCUCUCACUCUCUCUCUGUCUCUCUCUCUUUCUCUCUGUCUCUCUCUCUCUCUCUCUCUCGCUCUCUUUCUCUCUCUCUCUCUGUCUCUCUCUCUGUCUCUCUCUCUCUGUCUCUCUCUCUCUGUCUCUCUCUCUCUUUCUCUCUUUCUCUCUGUCUCUCGCUCUCUGUUGGUCCUUAAGGACUUAAACAUGUCACAGUGUUUGAGUGGUUUGACUAAAAUGCUGUCUCGCAAUAAAUGUUCAUCUCUGAGAGAGAUGACUCCUAAAACCCAGCUAACAACAAAUGUUCCCACAACAUUGGAGAACAUUCCCUUAGGAGUCUCAUUAGGACAUCAACGGUCACUCAAAACAUACCCAAAACGUGGUUACCAUGUUCACAGAAUGUAAGAUAUUCAUUUUAUAGACACAAUUUCUGGGAACGUUGCAGGAACAUUCAUGUGUCCAGAUGUCUGAGGGUUAAGAUAACAUUUUAUCAAUGUCACACCAAACAUACACAGAAAAUGGUUACCAUGUUCUCAGAAUACAAGAUAUUCAUGUUCUAGAACGUUCUGUGGAGGUUUUAGUCUAGUUCCCAGCUUGUUUCAGGGAUGUCCCUAAAGAGGUGUUUCUUUACACACCACCCCUUGUUUCUGUUGCAGAGUCAAGGCUCUGAUUGGCUAACCACUGUUCCAUUCACAGCUCUUUGUCUGUUGGCAAGGUUAGGGACACACACACGGUGCUUUUAAAGAUUAGAAUACCGUGAACCUAAAGGUUGUGAGUUUAGAUCCCCGGUGUAGACAUGUUGAAUAGUAACUACUUUAUAAAUGAACAGUGCAAUCAUGUACACUACCAUUCAAUAGUUUGGGGUCACUUAGAAAUGUCCUUGUUUUUGAAAGAAAAACACUUUUUGUACGUUAAAAUAACAUCACAUUGAUCAGAAAUACAGUGUAGACAUUGUUAAUGUUGUAAAUUACUAUUGUAGCUGGAAACGGCUGAUUUUUUUAAUGGAAUAUCUACAUAGGUGUACAGAGGCCCAUUAUCAACAACCAUCACUCCUGUGUUCCAAUGGCACGUUGAGUUAGCUAAUCCAAGUUUAUCAUUUUAAAAGGCUAAUUGAUCAUUAGAAAACCCUUUUGCAAUUAUGUUAGCACAGCUGAAAACUGUUGUUUUGAUUAAAGAAGCAAUAAAACUGGCCUUCUUUAGAGUAGUUGACUAUCUGGAGCAUCAGCAUUUGUGGGUUUGAUUACAGGCUCAAAAUGGCCAGAAACUCAUCCGUCUAUUCUUGUUCUGAGAAAUGAAGGCUAUUCCAUGCGAGAAAUUGUCAAGAAACUGAAGAUCUCGUACAAUGCUGUGUACUACUCCCUUCACAGAACAGCGUAAACUGUCUCUAACCAGAAUACAAAGAGGAGUGGGAGGCCACGGUGCACAACUGAGCAAGAGGACGAGUACAUUAGAUUGUCUAGUUUGAGAAACAGACGCCUCACAAGUCCUCAACUAGCAGCUUCAUUAAAUAGUAUCCGCAAAACACCAGUCUCAACGUCAACAGUGAAGAGGCAACUCCGGGAUGCAAUUUCAGGACUAUGACAGAAUGUCCUCUUUUUUUUUAAACCUGUGUAUUGCAACGUUUUAAUUAAACUGGUCUAGAACAUUCAUAUCUUAUAUUCUGAGAACAUGGCAACCAUGUUCUGUGUAUGUUUGGUGUAAAAUGUGUGGAAUAUUCUCCUAAUCCUCAUAACUGGACACCUGAAUGUUCCUGCAACGUUCCCACUAAAUGUAUGCUUGCUGUGACGUUGCUGGAUUAUUUCUCCCAACCCUCAGAAAACUGGACACAUGAAUGUUCUUUCAACGUCCCAUGAAACGUGUCUAGAACAUUAAUAUGGGAUAUUCUGAGAACAUGGUAACCACGUUCUGGGUAAGUUAGUUUUGUUUGACAUUAAAGGAAUGCUCUCCUAACUGACACUAAUUAGCAUAACGCAACGGACAAAAAAUAUUACUCGAAAAUAUUCAUAUUCAUGACAUCACAAGUGAAAUAUAUUGAAACACAGCUUAGCCUUUUGUUAAUCACCCUGUCAUCUCAGAUUUUGAAAUUAUGCUUUACAGCCAAAGCAAGACAAGCAUUUGUGUAAGUUUAUCGAUAGCCAAGCAUAGCAUUAUGCCUAGCUAGCAGCAGGCAGCUUGGUCACGAAAAUUAGAAAAGCAAUCAAAUUAAAUCGUUUACCUUUGAUGAGCUUCGGAUGUUUUCACUCAUGAGACUCCCAGUUAGAUAGCAAAUGUUCAUUUUUUCCAUAAAGAUUAUUUUGUGUAGCCGAAAUAGCUCCGUUUGUUCUUCACGUUUGGCUGAGAAAUCGACCAGAAAUUGCGGUCCCGACAACGCCGAAAAAUAUUCCAAAUUAGAUCCAUAAUAUCGACAGAAACAUGGCAAACAUUUUUUAGAAUCAAUCCUCAAGGUGUUUUUCAAAUAUCUAUUCGAUAAUAUAUCAACCGGGUCAGUUGGCUUCUUAGUAGGAGCGAGAGAAACAAUGGCCGCAUUUGUCUAUUAUGCACAUAUCACUCUGAGAGCCACCAGCUGACCACUGACGCAAUGUUGUCGCUCACACUAAUUUUUCAAAAUAAAAGCCUGAAACUAUGUCUUCUGACCCUAGACCCAUUAGGGAAGCCAUAUAAAAAGGAAUCUGGUUGAUAUCACUUUCACUGCUCAAUAGGGACGCAUAGGAACGCAGAGGUUUCUAAAUAAGAGUCACUUCCUGAUUGGAUUUUUCUCAGGCUUUCGCCUGCAAUAUCAGUUCUGUUAUACUCACAGACAAUAUUUUUACAGUUUUGGAAACUUUAGAGUGUUUUCUAUCCUAAGCUAUCAAUUAUAUGCAUAUUCUAUGAUCUGGUCCUGAAAAAUAGCUUGAUUACUUUGGGAACGUUAUUUUUCCAAAAAUGAAAAUAGUGCCCCCUAGUUUCAAGAGGUGUUUAACACCAAAACAUGUUAAAUAGGGUCUCAGGAGGUUUUUGCUAACAUACAUAAAAUGUUCACCUAACUAACAGAAAACUGGACACUCAAACAUCAGGGGAACAUUACAGAAAAGUUCUCUCUGUUAGCUGGGAAUAGUCUCCGCUUCCUCAUUCCGAUCAUUCUGAGGGGUAUUUUUCUGGCUGUUUGACUGUAGUACAGUAGCAUGUAGUGUCCUAAUUUCAUGGGAGGGCAUCAACCAAUUAGCCAAUCAACCAACCACUCAUUCAAUCACAUUUGGAUUCACACUGGACCUUUUACAAAUGCAUCUGACCAAAAAAAGCCAACCUUGUGUCAACCCCCAAAGGGCAAUGACAAGAUAAAGCUGUGUUUGCCAGUCCUGGUCAAUAUGUGUCUCUACCCAUACUGUGAAUAUUACUCAAAGGGACGAGCAGAGGCCCCAUUCAUGAACUUUAUGGGCAUCAGCCAUUAUGAUUCUGGUCAAAAGCAGUGCACUCUAGGGUGUCACAUGCCCUGUAGGUCAUGUUGGUGUUUUUCACACAAACAGAUAUGAGAAUGGAGCAAGUGGAACUUGUCGUCUUGUUUAAGAAACUCAUCCCUGAGCUGACAUAGAAAAAAACUCAGUCAAAUGUCAACCCCUAAAAAUAUGGGGUCUCUUUUUUUCGGGGAGAAAGACUCUGGCCUAUGGUCAAAACAGGGAAGCAGGCUAGGCUCCUCUCAUGUGAAUCCAGACUGAUUACAGACCAGAUGGUAUUAGGCCUUUUUAUAAAGAGCAAAUGAGGCUGAUUUCAGUUGCACUGUUGUUGUUGUUUUGUUUUGUAAAAAUGUAUUUUAGACUGUAUUUUUUAUCUUUCCAUUCCCGAAUAUCAUAUAUCAAUAUGUAUUUUUCUGAAGUUUGAUGCCAUUUCCUGGUGGUUUGUAUUCUGUAAUCAAUAAACUGUGAAGGAACACGUGUGGA